AUGUGUAUAGACAGGCAGUACUUGGCCAUCAACAAACUAUCAACUGGCCUCGACAUUGACCUCAUUCUCAGAUGUAUGUCGGACGAGACGCUACCUUACGAGCUUCGGGCCUCAUUCUGCCGCCUCAUGCUGCACAUGCACGUCGAUAGAGACCCCCAAGAGACAAGCACCCCCGUCAAAUACGCCAGUUACGAAUCGAUGGCUGGAUGUAGUAAGAGUGCAGAAAAGGCCUCAGUGCAGAAUAAAUUCGCCGACACGAUAGUAUUCGUUGAGCAGUACUUGGUCAAUAGUGUUAUUAAUUCCUGGGGUUUCUGCGAUAAAGAACAAAAUAAAUUGACUUUUGAGGUCGUCAACCUCUCUCGAAAUCUCAUAUACUUUGGCUUCUACAGCUUCAGUGACCUCCUCAGACUGACCAAAACCCUUCUGGGCAUCUUGGACUGUGCCACCGAGAAGGUCAAGGCCGUUGAUAGCAAGGGCGCCCUUGCCCCUGCUGUCAAUAAUGCUGAUAAAUUUAUAAUGAACGUACGCUUGGAUUAUAGAAUCUCCAGCCUUCUCUCUAUCUUUAAAAAGGAGUUCGACGAUUUUAUCAACGCCAAAUCGGAAGAAGGUUUGGACCUCGAGGUUAUUGGGGCACAGGCAGAGGAAAUAUUCGACGGAUCUUACGAAUCAGGGGAGCUGGAUUUGGACGAACAGGGGGGCAGACUCUUUCUCAGGGUCCUUCUCAACCUCAUCAUGCACAACUACCCGCAGCUCGUCAGCGGCUCCCUUCAGCUCCUUUUCAGGCAUUUCAGCCAGAGGCAGGAAGUCGUACAGGCCUUCAAGCAGGUCCAACUGUUAAUUUCUGACACCGAUGUUGAGAACUAUAAGCAAAUAAAAUCAGACUUGGACGAGUUGAGACUUUUAGUUGAAAAAUCAGAACUCUGGGUCUACAAGAAGAAAGGGUCAGACGGGGGCAGCGGGGUGGCCGCGAGCGGGGCCAAAGAUAAAAAGAAAGCGGAGAAUAAAGGCGGAAAGUCUGAAGAUAAAAGCAAAGCCGACCCUCCCGACAUUGGCCUGUUAAAUGGGUCAGCCAUUGACCUCAAUCACGGUCCUCCAAUUAACGAGCAUGCCGCCAGGAACUACAAAACGAUUAAAGAGAUUCUCUGCCGACUUGCGAAGUUAUGUGCGAACGGUCAAAAGGCGCGGAAACACGAGCAGAGGUUGCUCCGAAACAUGGGAGCCUGCUCAGCCGUCCUUGAACUUUUGCAGAUACCCUACUCCAAGAAAGCUGACGUCAGAAUGGAGGAGUUGAUGCAAUUGGCUCACUCCUUUUUGCAGAAUUUUUGUUUACAAAAUCCAUCCAAUCAGCUUUUACUCCAUCAGAAUCUCGAUCUAUUUUUAGUUCCUGGGUUACUGCAAGCUGAAACAUGCAGGGCCAUCUACCAGGAUAACGUUCAGCUAUGUAACGAGGUUGUCACUAAUAAUCUUUAUGGCUCCAUGAAUUUGGUGGAGAUGAUGAAAUCGGAGAGAGAGAGGAUGGACCCCUCCAGUCCCCUCACCUAUCACAUCCAUCUCGUCCAGUUACUGGCCGCCUGCACCGAAGGCAAAAACGUCUACACUGAGAUCAAAUGCCAUUCCUUCUUGCCAUUGGACGACAUCGUCAAAGUAGUGACCAAUGAGGAUUGCAUUGCUGAGGUAAAAUCUGCCUACAUAAACUUCCUGAACCACUGUUACAUCGACACCGAAGUUGAAAUGAAGGAGAUCUAUAACAGCACCCAUAUGUGGAGUCUCUUUGAUGAUUUCCUACUGGACAUGGCUACGUCCCAACAGCCAAUGUUCAUAAAGCUGCUACAGGGAGCAUACAGAGUGGCCAACUGCAAGUGGCUCUCAGCCAGGAACAGGCUGUUGGCGAUCCCACCGGAGUUGGAAUUCCAGCUGAUAGCAUUCUUCAAUAGGACUCACAACUUGAUGAAGCACAGCAGGGCAUGGAUCAGUAGUGCUGGAAAGUAUAGGUCGGAAGUGGCGCCCCCCAGCCAGGAUUGCAGGAAUAUCAUCGAAGGAUUGCAAGACAUAGUGGCUCUUCUGGAGGACCAAUUAAAGCCUCUCAUUCAAUCGGAGCUCAGCGUAUUGGUGGAUGUUCUCCACCAACCAGAAGCCUUGUUUCUGCCAGGUACGGAAGCACAGAGGAAAUGCCAGAGUGGAGGAUUCAUAUCGAAAUUGAUUCAACACGCUGGAAAGCUUCUGGAAGAGAAGGAGGAAAAACUUUGCCUGAAGCUGCUCCAGACGUUGAAGGACAUGAUGACCUUGGACUCCGAGGAAAACAAGUGCGACCAACUCCGAUCCAAACUUCUUCAAUGUUACUACGGCAAGCAGCAGGGUCACCACAAAAGUUCAAAGUUCAACAAUUCAGCCAUGAUGACGUCGUCGCCCUCCUUAUCAUCAUCCUCAUCAUCAUCGUCGUCGUCAUCGUUGAUGGGUCAAGGUCAGGAUUAUGAUAAGGGCUCCAUGAUGAUAAGUAGGGCGGAUAUGACUUUGCACGAUGUACAGUGUUACUUGGACAGCCAGGGCACAACUGACCUGGUCAUUGACCUCAUCAUCAAGAACUACUCCAACAAAUCAUUUCAAGAGGCCAUUGAACUUGGCAUUGCCCUGCUAGAUGGAGGGAAUGGAGUUAUUCAGAAAUCCUUCUUCGAGCGACUUACUUACGAGAAAAAUUCCGAGAAGUUUUUCAAAGUCCUGUACGAUCGGAUCCGGGAUGCCCACACGGAGAUCAAGGCCAACCUAUCCGUUACUGCCGCCGACUCCAUCACCACCGGAAAGGGUGGAGACGUACCGGAAGAGGAUAGUAAUAAAAGAAAGGCCAAACUAAUUCCCGGGAAAUUCACCAGCGAGCUUCAGGACCAAUUGGAAGACGCGGCCACAGUCAUCUCAAAAGCUUACACACACCUCCAACACAUACGCCAUCUCGAAAAGGGUAGCGAUGGUGGUGGCGGUAGUAGCGGCGGCGCUGCGAGUGGUGGUGGUGGUGUAGGUGGUGGAUUGUUAGGCGGCGCUGGCAGCCGGCCACAAGCAGCUACGGCUUCAACUUCUUCCGCUGUGGCUGACGAUUUGCAGGAUGAAAGUGCAGGUGGUCUGGGUGGAGCUGGUGACGAAAAGAAGAAGCUACCGCUAGAAGUGGCCCUGAUGCAACCGAUCUUGAGGUUCUUGCAGCUGCUCUGCGAGAACCACAACCUUGAACUUCAGAACUUUCUAAGAGAUCAGGAGUGCUUCAAAAGACUUAUCAGGGAAAAUAAUGAGGAUACGGAUGAUGAAGACUUUCUCGACUGCAUCUGCGGAAGCACAUCUGGGGGCUUGGGCCUUCUGGGCCUCUACAUCAACAAAACCAAUGUGGGCCUCGUCAAUCAAACUCUACAGACCCUUACUGAGUACUGCCAGGGACCUUGCCACGAAAAUCAGGACAACGCAUCUAAGCUCCUAUUGGCCAUCAUGGAAAGCAGCAGAGAAAAUGAAUAUGCAGAGCGCAUAUUGUACAGCAUGAAUCCCAAACAGCUGGUUGACGUCAUUCAUUUGGCCUACGAGCAAUUUGAGUCACCAGAUGACCUACUUAACAAAAAAACUGGGUCGGUCGACGAGGGUAACGAUGAAGACUUCAAAAGUAGGUCACGAGAAGUAGGUCACAACAUCUAUAUACUGGCUCACCAGCUUUCGAAGCACAACAAAGAACUUGCCGAGAUGCUCCGACCGACUGAACCGACACCUCCAACAACAGUCAUAACAUCCCCGCUGACGUCAUCGUCGGCCAGUAUGGCCACGGCCCAAACGGAGAUGUGCGAUUCGGCGCUCGACUAUUACUCGAGUCACACGGCCCAGAUUGAGAUUGUUAGGCCCGACCGAGCGAUUGAGCAGAUUGUCUUCCCCAUUCCUGAAAUUUGCGAGUAUCUCACCAGUGAAACUAAGCACAAGAUCUAUCUUACAGCCGAAAGAGAUGAUCAAGGAAGCAAGGUUAUGGAUUUUUUUGAAAGAUUCGACGACCUAUUCUCAGAAAUGCAAUGGCAGAAAAAACUGCGAGCGAACUUUCUGUUGUUCUGGAUGAGUAGCCACAUGACUCAGUGGGGCAAGGCCUCCUUCUACCUGGCCAUCCUCAUCAACGUCCUGGUGGCCGUCUACUACCCCUUCACUAGUACCCCCAAAGACAUCGUCUACAGAGAAGAAACGCUGCUGAACGUCAUCCGGUCAGUCACGAAAAAUGGACGCUCCAUCUUGCUGACCGCCGUGCUAGCCGUCAUCCUAAUUUACCUCUUCUCCAUUGUGGGGUUCACUUUUUUCAGGGACGAUUUUCUCAUAGAGAUCGAUCCGUUAGAGAAGGGGAAAACAACACUGAACACCACACUUUCGAGAAGAAGUCUCAAUGAUGAUGAUUACUGCCUGCCCGGCUCCACUGACUGCAAUCUGAUUGCCAAUAACAAAUCAGCCAGCAACAACUACACGAACAACAAAAACAUCAUCACCAACGAUGGUGGCGACAAUAAUAAUGAGGACGACGACGACGACGACGAUGAUGAUGAUGAUGGUAAAGAGCGGCACUGCGAUUCACUCAUCAUGUGCAUCGUCACCACCCUGAACGAGGGCCUGAGGAAUGGAGGGGGGAUUGGGGAUGUCCUAAGGAAACCCAGCAGUAAUGAGCCCUUGUUCUUCCCGCGCGUGAUCUACGACCUCCUCUUCUUCUUCAUCGUCAUCAUCAUCACCUUAAACUUGAUCUUUGGUGUCAUCAUCGACACUUUCGCCGAUUUGAGGAGCGAGAAACAGCAGAAGGAAGAGAUUUUGAAGAAUUCAUGUUUCAUCUGUGGACUUGAAAGGGCAGCAUUUGAUAACAAGACCGUUUCAUUUGAGGAGCACUGCAAGCAAGAACAUAACAUGUGGCACUAUCUCUACUUUGUCAUACUCGUCAAGGUAAAAGACCCCACGGAGUUUACCGGUCCCGAAAGUUACGUACACGCAAUGAUCAAGGAGAAAAACCUUGAUUGGUUCCCGAGAAUGAGGGCCAUGAGUCUGUCGACCAAUGAGAACGAGACAGAGCAGAACGACAUAACGAAUCUCAAAAUCCAAUUGGUCAAGACCCACGGCAUAAUUGCUCAGCUAUCCAAUCAGCUUGCAGAGCUCAAAGAGCAGAUGAACGAACAGAGGAAACAGAAACACAGACCGGGCAUAAUAAGUGGAAGUACUGGAAUUCCCCAGCCUCUAUAAAUAAACCAAUUAAUAUUCGCAACUCAUGUUUGUGUAUCUUUGUAUCUAUUUGUAGAUUUUAAAAUUAAGUAGAGGAAGAAGAAAAAGAGAGAGAGAGAGAGAGAGAGAAAGAGUGAGAGAGAGAGUGAGUGAGUGAGAAUGAAUGAAUAAAAGGCUACAAAACGAAACGCAGAUCUUUACAAUGUUUUUACACACAUUAACAUAUUGAUGCUUGUAACGAACCAUUCGUUUGCCUCAGUUAUCUUCAUUUAUAAAUAUUAAUUUAUUAGAUUGAAUAAAUUAAUAAAUUAUCAUAAUGAUGAGCUCUCGCACUUGAUUGGUCGGUUAUUUUUAGUAGUUUAUUUUUGUCAUGUUCUAUUUUUAUUUAUUGUUAUUUAUACCGUUAGUUUUGGCGGUUAGGGUCCUUCACAUUACGGAUGAUGAUGAUGAUGAUGGUAUUGAUGAUGAUGAUGAUGGUGAGGGUAAUGAUGAUGGUGGGGAUGAGUAACCAGCUUCAAAAACAUCACGCCACAUUUUCAUUAGGGGUAUUCCUACCAUCGUCAUCAUCAUCAUCGGUAUUAUUAUUAUUGUUAUUACUAUCAUCAUUAUCAUGACUUACGUAAAUUCAUUGAUUGAUUAAUUUGUGUAUAAUUUUUUUUAUCAAAAAAAAAUUAACCCGAUCCUACUAAAUAUUAUUUAUUGUUUUU